GUUUCAGAUAUUGGACGAACUGAAGAAAACCCCAAACCCUGCAACCAUUCGGGGGCCCAUAUCGGCUUUGACGUAAGCAAGAGAAGGAGAUUAGCAGGCUUUUGGGUCGACAAGACGUUUCAGGGCCGUUUGCUUUGGAACCAGCAGCACCGAAUUUCUGGUCUCCAGGAGUGGAGGAUACUACCAGAAGAUCGAGAUAAGAUGGACUUGCAGCGAGCGCGGGGAGCAGAAACAGAUGGUGGGACGGAGAAGAUUGUCCUCAAGUUGGUGCGCAAUGUGAAGCACACCGACUCUCGAACCGUGGUCGUGGGAGGGCCAGGAGCUGGAAGAGGUCUUCUGAAAGAGGUUCAGAAGGUGGCUGCCAAUAAGUUGCGAAUUUCUCUGUCCAACUUAAGGCUCUUCGAUGAACGCGGAGCUGAGCUCCGGGAGGCAGACAAGGCCUCUGCCGAAGCAAAAAUCAGAAGUGGUGGCACAUUCUUCGUCUCAGCAGGAGAGGAAUCAUGUGUCGCAGACAAGACCUCAGAUUUGAGGCACGAGGGGCAGGAAGAAAGUACGAGCUCGAGUACUCCCGGAUGUGGCCAGGUGGUCAUCGUGGCGAAGGAGAGCUUUGUUGGAGCUCAGGCUGAGAAGCAGCUGAAGUGGGCCGCUUCUUUGAACGGAGUGGUGUUGGCAGUGGGGCUUCCAGAUCUGCAUGUGGGCACUUCUUGCCCCAUCGGUGCUGCGAUUGCCACUCAGGGAGUCAUCUAUCCAACGCUUGUUGGCUCGGAUAUCGGCUGUGGUAUUAUGCUGGUAAGGACAAGUUUGAAAGCUUCUGCCGCCAGCAAACAUCGGUGUCUAGAUCGUUGGGCCGACAUUGUCAGAAUUGAAGGCCCUUGGGAUGGUGAUAUUUCAGGUACACUAGCAGAAGCUGGAGUGAAGGAAACAUCAUUCGAUGAAGGUUCAUUAGGAACUAUCGGUCGGGGUAAUCACUUUGCUGAGUUGCAGGUCGUAGAGAGAAUCGAAGAUGCAGAACAAGGAGCCGAGAUCGGUUUGACGGCCGACGAUGUCUAUCUCUGCGUCCAUUCAGGAUCACGAGGGUUUGGGGAAAGCAUUCUUCAAGCACAUUCAAGGCAAUUCGGCUCAGAUGGUUUAUCUGUGGAGUCACCCGAGGGUCGAACUUAUUUGGCUGCUCACGACCAGGCCUGCAAAUGGGCCCAAGUCAACAGACGGAUCAUAGCCCGGAGAUUGCUAGAGCAGUUACAAGGCAGCUGUAAGGAAACUCUACUCGACAUCACUCACAACAACGUGGUCGAGAUCCGGUCCUCGGAUUCCCCGCAAGUCGCUAGCUUGGCAGAAGGUUCCGGCAGGACGAGCCUAUGGCUGCACAGGAAGGGAGCUGCACCCACCGAUAAGGGAUUGGUGCUGAUCCCCGGCUCUCGAGGAGCUUUCAGCUAUCUGGUGAAGCCCCGGGAGCAAGUUGAGUUGCUGAGCAGCGGCUGGUCUCUGGCUCACGGUGCCGGAAGAGCUUUGGCACGAUCCGUGGCUCGGUCGUCCGCCAAGAGUGGAGCAGGAGGAGGAGGAGGAGGUACGGGGGAUCAGAAAUCCGCACGUCAAUUAGCUGCCGAUCUGACCACCACCUCUUUGGGUUCGAGAGUCGUUUGUGAGGACAAAGCUCUGCUCUUCGAGGAGAGGCCUGAGGCUUACAAAGACGCCGCCUGCGUCAUCGCCGACCUCGUCUCCGCAAAUCUCUGCAGCGUUGUGGCUCUCAUGAGACCGGUUCUCACUUACAAGAUGAGGGUCAGGCAGCACGAGUAGAAUUUCGACUCGAGAUCUGACACUACGGCUCGAGGUUGAUUCGCAUGAGGUGCUUAAUAUCUGCCCGCUUCGGUGUCACUCCGGAUUCCAGGAUUCGGUGGCCUGCGAUCGCGAGAGCAAUGUAGAUCCGCCAUAAACCCUGAACCCCAAACCUUUGACGUGAUUUCACUGCGUAAGGAAGUUGAAACCAUCGGAAAAGUCAGUUCUGGGGAGAGAGGUGAGGAGUGCUGCCCAGCGCACAUUCAUCGACCGAUGAGUUCCAGACGGUUCACGUCUACAAGUGCACAAUUAAGGCAGCAGGGAAGGACAGAUAGUCACCAAAGUGGUCACAAUUCGUCAUAAAUUCACAUUCCUCCGUGUCGAGGGCAAUGUCUCCUGAGUACAAGUCUAUGGUCCAAGACUGCCAUCCACCUCUCAAUCGCCUUUUGUCGAACCCCUUUUGUCUCGGCUUAAUUUAGCGAACUUCACCGAUGAGUAGAUGGAAUCAGAUUCGACCACACAACAUUCUAAGACGAUGGAGCACAUGUCAAAAUUACUGUAAUUCUUCCCAGUUGUCAUUGCACUCGAGACAUUUUCAGGUCUCCAAAUUCGCUCUUCCCUGCUCGUGCAUUCAAAUUUACGGUUCCCUUCAUCUCACUUUUGUAAUCUUAUGUUUUUCGGGUAUAUUGCACCCACCGGUGUUCCCAGUAUUGUCCUCGGCAUGUAUCAGCUCGCAGCAAUAAUCUACCAUGUCCAUCGGCUACUUGGCCUUUAGGAUCCGGCAGAUUUUCCAUUGUGUAAACUGAUCGCAUGUCAUUGGCUCCAUCUUGAACUCUCUCAUUGUUAAACCGAAAUCCUCCAAGCGAGGAGUGUACCAAGAAAUGUAGAAGAAAAUGGAAGACCUGAUCUGCCACCAUAGUAUGAAAUAAAAAGUGGUCAAUUAUUUGAUGC